AUGAUUUCAUCGUUAUUAUCAUCAAACAAAAGGAUUUUAAAUAAUUUUAAUAAAUCAAAUAUAGUAUCAAAUUUAUUAAAUAGUAAUAAUAAUAAUAUUUAUAGAAAUCAAAUUUUAUAUAGAAGCUUUUCAACUGAACAAAAAGACAAUAAACAACAACAACAACAAGAACAAGAACAAAAACAAAAACAGAAAGAAGAAAAUACUAAUUCAAAUAAUAAUAAAAAUAAUAGUAAUGAUGGUGAAAAUUUUAAAACAACUAAUUCAUCAAUGUCAGGUAACAGAACUAUUACAUGGGGUAGUUUGUUAGUAGCAUUGUUAAGUGGUACCUGUGGUUGGUUAUAUUACGAUCAUUUAAUGACAAAAAAAAGACAAAGACAAAAUGAAAUUAAAACAUAUGGUACAUCAUCAGUUGGUGGUCCAUUUGUAUUAAUAGAUGAAAAUGGUAAACCAUUCACAGAUUUAGAUUUAAGAGGAAAAUACGGUUUACUUUAUUUCGGAUUUACAUUUUGUCCAGAUGUAUGCCCUGCAGAGUUAUCAAAGAUGUCACGUGUUGUUAAAAAUUUAGAAAAUAAUGGAUUAGGUGAUUCAAUUGUACCAGUAUUUAUAACCAUCGAUCCAUGGAGAGAUACAGUCGAACAAGUUAAACAAUAUAUCGAAGAGUUUCAUCCAAAAUUCAAAGGUUUAACAGGAACUCCAGAACAAAUUACAAAAUUAGCCAAAGCAUAUCGUGUUUUUAUGAGCAAGAGUGGCAAAGGCGACGAUUACCUUGUAGAUCACACCAUCAUUGUUUAUCUUGUUGGUCCAAAUGGCAAAUUUAUCGAAUUCUAUAAUGUAAAUCAAGACUCUGAUCAAGUUACCAAUAAAAUUAUCGAAAGAAUCGCUGCUAAAGGCAAAGGUGGUGAAAAUAAAGGUGAAAUUGUUCAAGAAAAAAGUGCUUUUGAAAAAAUUGCAUCUUUUUUUAAAUAA